CCCGUGCAGGUGCUGUCCCGCCUGGGGGUGGGUCCCGCCUGGCGCUUCGUGGACGUGCUGGGCUUCGAGGACGAUGCGCUGCGCGCCGUGCCCAGCCCAACCUGCGCGCUGCUCCUGCUGUUCCCGCUCACCGAGCAGCAUGAGAACUUCAGGAAGCAACAGACUGAGAAAAUAAAGGACCAAGAAAUCAGUUCCAAGGUGUAUUUCCUGAAGCAGACAGUCAGUAACUCCUGUGGGACAAUUGGUCUGAUCCAUGCAGUUGCCAAUAACAAAGACAAAGUGAAGCUUGAUGAGGGGUCUGCCCUGAAGAAGUUCCUUGAUGAAACAGCUGAUUUGUCUCCUGAAGAGAGAGCUAAGCAUUUUGCAAAUAAUAAGGCUAUACAAGAAGUCCACAAUUCAGUUGCACAAGAAGGACAAUGUCGGGUAAGAUAUGAAUGU